GUGGCGGCGAGUUCGGUCGACGGGGGCCGGAAAUGGCCGGUCUGGCACGAACGCUUGCGAGCCAGGGCUCUUGCGCGGUUUGCCCUGCUGCAGGCGCGCAGUGCAGCCGCCGGUAUACCGCCAACACAGUCGCGGCUCGGCGAUGUUUCAGCUGAGCUGAGCGCACGAGGGACGCUCGUGUCGCCGGCGCAGGCGGUUUUCUUUCGGUGCUUUCUCCUCGUACUUGUCAAUUUCUAUCCAGGUUCUGUCGUUCGUCCCUGUUCCCUGCCCUCCCUCCGACGAGCCACGCGCGAUAUCACAAGUACCGUCGAGGAGCCAGCAACGACGACGUGAUCAAUCAUGCCGGCUGUACCAGCUGUGGCCGAGGCUGCCGAGCCGCUGGAAGACCUGGACGAACCACCAGAGCCACGGGUUCGAGGAGGCAGCGGACGUGCUGGCCUCAUGAAGCCGUUGGUUGUCCUAGCACUUCCUGGCAUGUACCUUUUCUACAAGUACAGCCAGUACAGACGGGAACAGCGUGAACUGUCGCGGAGAAGAGUCACCGAGAGGGAACUUCAGCAUCUUCAUCACAAAAUCGAUAAACUGUUAACAAAGCUAGAGGAGAACGAGCCAGAGUUAGCCUCUUCGCAGGAAGAUGAGUGUGUGAUCUGCGUGAACGCCAGAGCUACGAUGCAAACGGCUCCAUGUGGGCACCGUGUGGUCUGCAGGCGCUGUUUCGUCAAGACGAUACAAAUGGCCGUUUCGCAGAGGCUUCUACCUCUGAGAUGCGUCAUAUGCAGAGCGAAGAUCCUGCGUUUGAAGCAGACUCUAAUUCCACGGGACUACUCGAUGUCAGGGAAGUCCUGGGUGCUGCCACAGAGUGCGUCAGAGUACAACAUGGGCACGGGUGUGUCUGUAGGGGUGACUGGUCCAGGUGGCAGAUGGCUUCCUGGAAAUGUACCAGCCUCUGCGUCUCUGUAUUCUAUGGCGAGCGGCUCAUCCUCUAUUUCUGGAGUGUCUUCCGUAUCUUCGUCGAGUUCGUCUUCUGCAAGUAGCACAGGAAGUUCCAGUCUAGGGAAACCUACAAGGGUGAGGCAACCUUCUGGAGCGACCUUAAGACGUUCGCAGACGCAAUCUAUGAAACUGAGGAUUCAGGAGUAUCAGGAUCCUGUUCAGCAAGUUACCGAAGAGGAGGAAGUCAUGAGGGAAAACCGGGAACGUAGAUUGCCACCGAUCAAGGAGUUCCAAAGGGACUAUCGCGCAGGGAAAGCCUCUACUAGGAUACGAUGUGCUCAAAAAAUCGUAACCCAACUAGAAACAUCACCGAGUCCUAGAGGCUCGACCAGCGGGGCAACCUCGACGUCUGGGUCGUUAGCGAGAACGUCGACGAAGAGGCCGCAAUCGACACCGAAGUUGUCGGUGGUUCAAGAGGUCCAGAAAUCAAAGAAGGAGAAAGAGAGGGAGAAGGAGCGCGAGAAGGCUGAGAAGGCUCGUCAGAAGGAGGAGGAGAAAGCGGAGAAAACCAGGCAGAAAGAAGCUAAGAAACUGGCGAAGGAGGAAAAGAAGAGAGCCAAGAAGGAAGCGAAAGCGAGGCGAAAGGAGGCCGAGGAGGCCCUCCUCAGGGAAGAAAAGUAGUCUUCUGUCGAGUAGGAACAACGUAGAGUUCAGAGUGAUCAAUAACGUAUUCCAAAAGCCCGGGCGAGACUCUCUCGAUCCCAAUGGAACGAAGGACUUUGAAUACACUUGAUCUCUUCACUCCCGGGAUUCGUUCGAGAUGAACCGCAAACCCGGUCGUUACCGAAAUCAAACAUUCACGUGCGUUUUGUAAUUCUUAGAGUCCAAUUUAGAGGUAGUUUUCUUCCCGAGACGUGUCUGCUUCGAUUCCUUCGAAUCGAGACUGGACGGGGUCGCCGUUGAACUAGCGUUUCAUUCCAGGGAGAGAUGGUCUAUUUACCGAGCGUACUGUUGCUUCGUUCGUCGGGCGAUUAGAAUAAGGCGUUUUAACGUUUUAUAAAAGAACAGGCCAACGCGUUUUGCGGCGCAUCUCGAACCACCAACGAUCCCGGGGGAGCAGCGAACGUAUAGCGACGGUAGAGAAGUAUACCUAAGAAAACCUAGAAGCGGCCAAACUUAGCAACCUGUCAUAUCGAGUUAUUGCGGACUAAUAAUACUAAUCGAUAGGAAGACUCGAGAGCGUAGCGGCUACGUUGCUAUUAUUUGAUUAAUCGCGUAAAUCUUCACCCUACCCAACUCCCUUUGUCCUAAACGUUUCCUUUUUAGGAACAGUAACCGCGUGACGUUUGUCGUUACUUUUUUUAUAGGCCAUCCGUCAGUUCGUACUUAAUGUCUAUCGUUUUAGCGGUGAAGGAACGCCAAUCCGAGACCUAUUUUUCGAAUCUGCUUCACAGACAAUACUUUGUGGACGUAGUUUGUUUCGCAGUUGAUCAACGCCGACUACCAAGAACACGCGGGAACGUUUAUUAACGAUGAACCUGUUCCUCCAGUCGUAGUCGGUUCGAACUAGCCAUCGUUCCAUCGAUAGAUAAACCAGGUCUCAUUCAUCAUUUUUCGGAUACGGAACGUAAAACGGCAGGUUCAACGAGGAAAAUCAAACGCGACUAUUCUGCUAAACCUCGCUCGACGGUAUUGAAUAUCAAAUGUCUGUACUAAUUUUAGCGAUUACCUAGAGAUAACGCGAAAACGUCUCGGUAAUUAUUUACGAUUGUACCUACCUCACCGAUUUCAAUGACUUUGAAUUACGUUGCACGUGGGAUGCCUUUUAGUAUCUUUUUGUAAUGAAAAGAAUAUCACUCUAUCUCUUAAUUUCCACGAUAUACCUUCUUGUUGCAAAUAUGUAAUGAGUUUUCAACACUUUCGUGUCAGCAGGAUUCAUGUAAGUUACUGUCACCGUCACACGUUAUAUUGUUUGGCGAUGCACAGUAAAUCAUAACGAUCAUUGCCGUUUUUUGACUCAAUCGUCUGUUUGAUAUGAAACGAUAUAUGUAAAUAAAUAUGAUUUUGUGUACUUAUUUCGAAGACGUAGUCGAAUACUUUUUAUUUUAUACUGUAUAAUAUUUUCUUACUAGUCUUCUAUCAAAUAUAAUACUUUUAUAUUUUCACUCGCCUCUCUACGUAUUUGAUAUUUCUUUUUUACAUAAUAGCAUGCAACACAGUCUCCUAAAUGUACAGCAACUUUACAAGAUUUACACAUGAAAUUUGUCAUUUUUCUCAUCUUAGGUGAGUAACGUGCAUAACAUCUUUUUCUUCUACGUUUGUCACUUGAGGGAGUCGAAACCGGUCGAUGCUUUUUCAAGUCUCGAGAAAGUUUCUGAAGUGGAUCAUGAUGUCGAGUUUAUGUUGAUGUGGCAAAUUCUAAAGUCUCGCGUAUGACAUCGCGUUGGCGUCGCCGAACGACAAUGUGUUGUGGUCCUUUCCGAGCACGUUGGAUUACCUAUUGAUGGGUUUACGUUUGGAUUUUGCAAACAAACCUCGAUACGAAACACAGAACGAGGAUUUAAGUAUUUCGUUUAACGAUAAUGUAACGAAGCUCUACGAGUUUUUAGCAAUAUGCAAUGAUAUAACUAGACUAUUGAACAAUUUAAUUUAGACUAAUUAUACAAACAUGUGCAUACUAGAAUGGGUUUGAUGUCAGUAAAUAUUACCGACGUAUUCUGGAUCUUGAUUUUUACUAACGAAUGCAAGACGAACUAUACCUCGUCGUGCAUAUUGGAUUAUGCUACAGUUAUCAGCAAAUGUUUACACGCAAAAUCAACUCACAAUUCUGCCCAGAAUCAUAGGAUUCUGAUUAAUAUAUUUCGGAAAAACGAGAACGAAAAGCAUUUUUUCAUCAAGAAAAAACACUCAAAAACUUCACCCCAUCAACAUGUUUCAUGGUCAUUGAAAUCGAAGAGCUAUUACGACGAUUGUAAAUAAUUACCGAUGUUUCUUUCGUUUCCAUCCCCCGCCAAUUUGUUUCACGCUCUCUCCACGAGGAAAGAGUUCGUCCCAUUACGGGGAGGCGACGAGCUUCACGUACACGAAGAUAGCCUAAUCGAGGAACGCGCGAAUGAGCGUCCGUUUCACGACGUCGAUAGUUUUAAAUUAUAGUACAAUACGAUAGGUAAACGUCGAAGCAGAGUUUCGAGUGCAGUGCGUGUCUCGUUACUGACUCCGUGAUUACCGUAGAUGCGUAGCGUUUCACGAACCGAUUCGUUAAUUCCUCUUCUCUCGCUCGAGACGCAGAUCGAGAGACUCGAUUAAUCGAUCAACUACUUACUCGACUAACACCCCUUCGCCAAGUUACCCUAAUCGCUGUUUAAGAUGUCGUGACCCUUUCACUGGGCAAAACGAAGCGAAACGAUUUGUUACGAACACUUGCGUCGAAGCCUAUAGCGUUUGUUAUUAUUUAUUAUAAUACAAUGCUGCCUCUUUUUUUUUUUUUUUUACAUCUGCGAUAAGGAUACUUGGAACGUAAUUAUGUUCAACAUUGUAUAUGUUUCUUCGACUCGAGCGAUUCGUAUCUCAUUAACCUUUUUGUGUCUUGUCUCUAUUUCUUGAAUGCGAAUU